AUGCUAAACCAUCUCAACGUCCCUCCUUUGGGUGAAAUUACCAUCCAUCAAGCAUUGACCUAUUCCAAUGACUCUGUCAUCAUUAAUCGAUUCACUGGAGCACUUGUUGUCUAUUCAGUUUCAUUUCCACCCUUCCUUGUAUUUGGUAUUGUCGUGAGUGCUCUUUUAAUGGUUCGUUGGAAGAAGAUGGUCCCUAUCAAGAGAGCUCUCUUUGCUCUCGUUGUUUUAAUUUCUCUCUUGCAAUUAGUUUCCAUUAUUGGAGGUAUCAUGUAUUCGGUAUGUCUAUUGGCUACCAAUGACAAGUAUUGUAUGGAUCCUUUUGCAAUGAUUCAAUACGUGUGUGGUAAUGCAACCAUCAUCUUGUGUGCCUAUUGUUUCAUGGUCAUUACAAGAAUCCUCUAUAAGGUCUAUUUUGAUAAAUCUCAAUGGUGGAUGAGAGGAAGAAGAAGAGAAGAAGAAAUUAUUUCUCCGAGUGUUCAACAACAACAACAACAACACAUUGAUGGUGGUGGUGCUCCGAAUCAGGGUGCACAAUUGUUAAUUGCAACCAACAACAAUAACAACCCAUUGGUUAAUCAUGGCAGCGGUGGUGGUGGUGGUGGCAGUGGUGGUAGUGGCAACGAUGAAAAAGAAGGUGGACAGGAGAAAACUCUCCAAACCACCACCACCACCACCCCAACAACAACAACAACAACUCUCACAACCACCACCACCACCACGAAUUGGGUGAGUGUUGAGACUGCAAAGAGAAAUCAACGAUUUGGUUCAUUUGUCAAAUAUUCAGCAUUCACAUGUGCCAUUGUGUUGGGUAUUGUUGCUCCUUUGCAUCUCAUUACUAUUGCCAUUACUUCAUUAACUUCAUUGAUGCCUGGAGUGAGUCAAGAAAAAGCGAAAUCGAUUGGUUUUACACGUUAUUAUGUUGACUCUGCAUUUGCUCUUAGUUAUUGGGGUUUAAUUUUCUUCUUUGGCAUUCUCAAUAUUAUCAUUGGAGUUUCUUUGACCAAAAAGUUUGUUGGACCUGACAAGAAAAUUCCUCUUCAUCGUCGAAAGGCUUGUCGACAAUUAAUUCUUCUCAAUGUAUUGCAAUUAAUUUUUGGAGGAGUGACUGGAUCGUUAGUCAUUAUGGCUAUUUUGACCCUCGUGCAAUAUGAAUUCUAUAUUGCUGGUAUCACUCUUCAAAGAAUUAGUAUUUUCUGUUUUGCCAUUGCACUCACUUUCAUUUAUGGUCCAUUGGAUGAUUUGGAUUUGAAUAAGACUGGUGCAACAAUUAAGAAUGUUGUGUCCAACAAACUCAUUCCAGCAAAUCAUGUGAAUAGUAGUUCCACUAGUGGUGGUACGAGUGGUGGUGGUGGUGGUGCUGUUGGAGGUCAUCAUUCUUCAAAAAGAGGAGGAGGAGGAGGUUCUUCUUCUUCUUCUCAAUUACCUCAUUCCUCGUCCUCUUCCUCCACCUCUUCUAACAAGAAGAAAUUCACUUCCGUGAAAUUGGAUUCUAUUCCUAAUACCAAUAAUAAUAAUAAUAAUAAUAAUUAUAUUUGUUCAGUGGAAUUACAGAGUCCAAUAACUGAUUCCUCUUCCACCCCAACGACGACCUCAGUAAGCAUGCCUCUGAUGAAGGAGCAACAAGAGAGAUCCUCUUCCUGUUCACCAGCAAGUACGACGAGUUCAUCCAAUUCAGAUCAUAGCCAUCAACCACCAAUGAUGACCACUAAUGAAAUGUGCUCAAAGAGUGGUGGUAGUGAUGGUGGUGGUGCUGUCAAUAGGGUGUAA